CGCGUACAUCGUAACGCAACGUCAGUCACGGACGCCGUACCCCAAAAAAAACCCAAAACCAAAAAAAAAACGCACUGUGUGUAUUAUCAGUCCCCAGUAUCAGUGUUCUCGCUAUUACUUCGCUGUGUGUUCUACUAUUUCUGGUGCUGCGACAGCCCAAAAAAUUUACAGUUGGCUUCGGCUCAGCUUCGUGUGUUCGUUGUAAUCGUGAUGCUGAGCAGCAGCAGCCGCUGCAGUCGUGUGUGUGUGUGCGUUUUGUGUGCCGCCGUUUGACGGUUUUGUGAUUUGAAUUUCGAAAAAUCCAAAAAAAAAUAUUAAUCAAAGAUGCUGCCGAUCGGAAAAGCGCAACAAAAGGGCAAACGAAUAACCGAAUAAUCGAAUAACCGUCUAACCGAAAUAACCAAAUGAAGCGCAUUUGUUGAUAAAUGAACUCAGAUUAAAACGAGACAAAAAUCGUUCACAAAUUUGUUUUGCAUCGCCCCAUCUCGCUCACACUGCUUCUGAGCUUGAGCUUCAUUUCGUGCUUCUAUCAGCUUCUUUGUGUGUGUGAGCUAGUGUCUGUGUGUGAGUGAGUGUAUGAGCUUGUGUAUUUUGUAUAUGAUUGUGUGCCUAACAAUUAAUUAGCAUUUAAAUCGCUCAUUUAUCAGUUUCGGCCCAAUCAAAAGCCAAACAGAAAAACCCGAAAACAGAACAAAAUUCUCUUCAAUCCACUACAAGGAAAAUUGAGAAAAAAAAAGAAGUUCCAGAUUUCACGUGUUUUUUUCGUUCGUUGAUGCCAGUGAACAAAAUGUUUGCCUGCUUCCAUUUCGUUGCCGUGCUGCUCAUCGUUGGCACAUUGAAAGAUUUCACAACCGGACUGCGUCUGGUCGAGGUGCGCAUACCAAAUUAUGUGAUUAAGGGCGCCUCGGCGCAGCUGGAAUGCCUCUACGAUCUGGAUGGCGAGGCUCUGUAUUCGGUCAAAUGGUACAAGGAUGGCAAUGAGUUUUAUCGCUAUGUGCCCAGGGAUAAUCCGCCGGCGCAAACCUUUCGUCUGCCAGGUGUUGCCGUUGAUUUACACAACUCGAGCGAUGCGAUUGUUAACCUCCACAACGUCAAUCUACAAUCGGCUGGCCGCUUCCGAUGCGAAGUAUCCGGCGAGGCGCCAUCCUUUCAAACAGUCACCGAACAUGGCGACAUGGUUGUAGUAUCCCUACCGGAUCAGGGACCACCGAAAAUAAGCGGAGGACGUCCGCGUUACCAGAUUGGCGACUGGGUGCGCAUCAACUGCACAGCCGGACGCUCGAAGCCCGCUGUCAAUCUGUCGUGGUUCAUCAAUAGCGAACCGGCUGAGCCGCAAAAGCUACGCAAAUACGACACCAUCGUCUCGGGACGCGAGGGACUCGAGACCUCGGUGUUGGGACUGCAAUUUCGGGUGGAGCAACAGCAUUUUCGCAACGGUGACAUGAAGUUAAAGUGUGUGGCCUCGUUGUCGACGUUCUACUGGCGGAGCAACGAGGAGUCCGUCGAAGGCGAUCGACCACAGAAAGCGCCGGUCCUCGAGUCGCGCGAAAGUGACAGCGCCUUUGCGAGCAAUUCGCGCGCCGAUCCGGUGCAAGGUAUGUCAUACCGGGAAUUAUUUGUAACACAAUUCUUAUCGCUUUUCCUUCAACCUUCAAAUGCAGCCAGCAAUACGGAAAUGGCCCGUGCACCGAGUGCGCUGCUGUUGCUAGCGCUGGCCACCGCUGCCACCUUGGCUGGCGUCACCUCAGUCACCUCAGCUUGUUGUUGUUGCACCACCUCAAGCACAUCAAGUUGGCCAGCGACACGGCACAGCAGCAAGGCCAGAUCGAUACGCGAUCGAUCUCGAUCGAACGAUAAUAAUAAAGUUCAUGUUAAGGUUGAGGAGAAACAGAAACAAACUCUAGAUAAGAAAGGGAAGCCAGUUGUUAUCGUUACCGUUAUCGUUGUUGAACUGCUCAGCGCAGCUCGGCAAAAGUUGAAGCGAUUCGUUCGAUGCUCGUUGCUCAAUGUGGCGAGGCAGCAACAAGUUGUGUUGUCUGCGCGGUAGCUGCAUUAAGUCAGCCUCGACUCUCUGCUCAUGCCCGCCCAUGCAUUUCUCAGCCCCGCCCACACACACACACACACAAAUUUCCACUGAAUUUUCCGUCUUCGCUUCGCAAAAAAAAACAGAAAAAAGAUUGCAAAAAAAAACGAGAAUUGGCAAAUCAAAAAAAAAAUCAAAAACACAAAAAUAUAAAUUGAAAAUUGAAGAGAAACCGAUAAUUUAUUUAUGUCGUUAACAAAAGCUUUCUUGAAUUUAAUUUGUAUAAACAAAAAACGUAAUGAUAUGCAUAUAAUUAAUUACAUUUAAAAACAAAAGCGAAUCGCAACCAAAAAAAAAUAAAACUGUUUUUAGCUGCCACAAAAACAAAACACAAAAAAAAUGAAUGAAAAACAAAAUUGUUAAGCGUAUUAAAAGAAGAAAACUGUAAAUAGUUAAUACUUAAUGUAUGUAUUGUAUGUUAUUAAUUUAUAAGUAUUUAGCGGCGCUGCACUAACUAAAAUGUAAAACAAAAACAAAAGCAAAACAAUGCAAAUAUGAAAUUAAAUCUGAAUAACUGAAUAACAAAAGAUGAAGCUCAACACAAAAAUCAAACAAUUUCAAUGUAGUGCAUUGCAAAUUAAACAAAAAAGAAAAGAGUUUAAAGAAUAACACACACACGUAAAAAUAUAUAUAUAUUUAUUAAAAUCUAGAAAAGUAAUUGUAAGCAUUCUCUAGCUAAAUAAUAAUAAUAUUAAAUAUUAAGCAUAGACAUUUCAAUGGAAUAUUAAAUACGAGUAACGAGUGAAUGAAAAAAGAAAAACACAUUUUAUUGUAUAAUGUAAUAUUCAUUAUUGAUUCACAGCACAUUUCGCAUUAAUUAUUUAGACUAUAAAUUCGUUUUCGAAAAUGUAAAAUGUAAAAUCUCUCGAUAUUUGAUUUAUUUACCAUAAUAUUAAGAGUAAAAUACUUAAAAAAAAUAGUAAUCAUGAAUAUGGGAGAGAAGCAAGCACACGAUUUAUAUUAAAAAAAACAAAAACACAAAAUGAUAAUGAUGAAACUUGAAUGAAAUCUAAUCAAAUGUAGCAUCUUAAAGCUGGUGACUGUUGAAAAGUCUUAAAACUAACAAAAACAUAUCGUAAAUUUAUAAAUUGCCAAAAAUUUUAUGUACAUGUAUGUGUGAACUCAAUUACGUAUAAUGAAUGCGAAUACGAAUACGAAUACUAAUCGAUAUACGAAGCAUUUUAAUGGAACUAUUUACUAAUUAAGUAAUACCGAUGUUCAAUCCGUUCUCUGUCCGUAUUUGUUUAUUUGUUCUUAUAGAUUUAAAAACUAAACAAAGGAAAGUGGAAAGAGUUUAACUACUAAUAACAUUCCAUGUUAUUUUCGAUGUCAUCCAUUAACAAAAAAUGAGAAAAUGAAAAAAGCGCUAUCAAUUGACAAAUUGUUGAAAUGUUAACAGUUUAGUUAGCCAAUUUUAGAGAAACAAUAGCAAAAGUCAAACAAAAAAAAAGGAAAUCGAUAAUGAAAAACCAAAACAAUAGCGAAAUGAUUGUGAUUAAGCCUUAAUGAAGAGUUGAAAUUAAUUCAAAAACACACACACAAUGAAAAUCUAUAUAUAUAUAUAUAACAUAUUAUGUAAAUAGCCCGAGAGCAGCGCCACAUAAAAUGCUUUGUCCAUUACAAUUACAAUUACAAUAACGAUUAUUAAUGCAAUUUCCAUGCACAAUAUCAAUUGUACAUACAAACUACAGAUUCAUUUUUUUUCCGAUGCAUGUUUCUAUUUUGAUUUCCGAUUGCUGAUUGAGCGCAUUUUAAUUAUAAAUAUAAUAUUUGUCAUGCAUACGCAUUUUAUGUGUAAAUAUUUCGAUUUAAUGCUAACUAAAUUAGUAUUAAGAAAGUAAUGCGCCAAUUUUAAUGAUAAGCGAAAUCUAUAAAUUCCUUCGGCUUGCCGAAGACCAAACACCCUUGCUUUUUUGAUUUGAUAAAAUGCAACUUCCAUUUAAGCUAAGUAAAUGUAAAUUCCACAACGUUUUCAAGGGUAUAAGUGAAUGAAUGAAUGAGUGUGAGUGUGAGUGAUUUAUAUAAUACAUAUACAAAAAAGUUUAAUAACAAAAAAAUACAUGUGUUGUCAACUGUAAAACUGUUUUUAAGUCUCACUUAAUGUCGAACGCUAUAAACUACAAUUAACAAUAACAAAAUAUUAACGAUACAGAAACACACAUAAAAUAAUAGAAUCCAAUUUAGGUCGAGCUAAACGAUCGAGUAAAAAAAAAAGCAAAUGAAAUAACUGUGUGCUAAUUGUAAGUGUAAAUUAUUUGUGUAUUUAAAAAUCAAUUUUUAGAUGUAUAAAAAGCGUAAGAUAAAAAUGCAUUCGCAUAUACGAUAAUACAAAAACAACAAAAAAAGAAAACACAUAAUGAGCUGCAUACAGAACAGAAAAAAAAAAAAAAAAAAAAAGAAUAAACAAA